AUGGAAACAGCAGAAGGUGGGGCUUCUUUUGCCGAGUUAAUGGAUACUGUCAAAGGUACCAUAGAUAAUUUGGUAAACAAAAGAACCUUCUUAAAGGAACAGCAGCCGUUGUAUGAACAGAUAUUCGAUAGGAUAAGAGAUGCUGACACGAGCGAAGAUUCGGAAGAAGAAUGGCAGUAUGGUGAGGUAGUAUUUCAGAAUGGUAAGUUUUUCCAAAAUAUAGGUUACGAUUACUAUUUGGAGAAAUCUAGGGAAGAAUGCCUGGUUUUUAUAAAGGUUCGAUUGAACUUAAUUGCCGAAGCCAUUUCACAAUUUGAUGAGAAACUGAAAGAGGCACAUGGCACAUUGCGAAACAUGGAGUUACUUCGAGACGGUGCAAAAUCUUUGGGAGAUACGAAUGUUUCUAACAAUGAUGAUGACCAGGAAGGUUUCUUUGAGAUCAGAGAAGAAUUAGACGAAGACGGAAAUGUGAUACAUGCUUCAAUGACGCCCGCCAAUAAGGUGCAUUCGGGCAAAGGUAAUGAAGUCCAUAGUGAUGAACAACAAUUGUCACUGAGUCAGGAACGUCAAAAUUGUCUUUCACCAGAGACUGCCUUCAAUAUUCAGAAUGAUGAUCGCUCUUCCGCUUCAGGAACUUCGGAAACUGGCAAUAAGACAGGAGAAAUCAUGGAAGCAGACAAGAGUACCAUGCAAAUAGCAAAGGAAAACAUGUACACAUUCGAUGAUUUGGUAGAUCAGUUAGAUAAAUUGGAUAAUUAUGAAGAUGGCGAAAUCGACGUAAAUGACGUAGAAUACGAUUUUGAUGGGUAUGAUGAAGAAAGCGACGAUAAUGAGGAAGAUGAAGAUUAUUCCGUCUCCAUAGUUCCUGAAAGAGUUCAGCAUUCCUUUAUGGAACAAAUACAGGCUUUGAGGGCCAACAAAAAACAUGAUCUCGUACAUACAGAAUAUCGUAAUCAUUCCCCUGAGCAAGAAGCUAAGUCCAUACUUAAGAAAGGCGGUUCGAAGAAGAAAAGUGUCAACUUUGCGCCAAAGCUAGACGUCUUUGAAGUGGAAAAUGUGAAACAGGAAACCAAAUCUAACACAUUUAAUUUCCCUAGAAACAGCUAUAUGGAGUCAGAAAUCAUCGCAUCUGACGGAGAAGAUGUUGAAUUUGACCCCGAUUUGUUCGCGCAGAUGAUCGGAGCCAAGGAAGCCGACGUAUUGCAUGAAAAGUACCAACCUGGUAGCAUCAACGGCUUGAAGGAAUCUGAAGAGCCAGCACUCGCCGCACCUCGAAAGAAGCGUAUCUCAAGGUUUAAAAAGGAAAAAGCCGCCACGGAAAAACGCGAGUUUAAUACUAAUGAUGUUGAAAUGUUUGAAAAGGAACCAAUUGUAGAGGCUGUGGUAACCGACAUAGUUGAGCGUGACGACACAUCAUCGAUUUCAGUUGAAAAUACUCCGAUUAAAACUGGUUCGCCAAACUUUAUUCAUAAGAAGAUGAAGUCCUUACAAAAACCAAAAUCGCUGCCAACUAAGACACCAUCAAUAAUUCCCACUGAAGAAAUGAACAAAGAUGACAGCGGUGCUGAGGGCGAACAAAACAACUCGUCAAUUGCGGAAGUCAUGAAGGAGAAGCAAGAACUAGUUGAGCCUCAUUUCCCUGCGCAAAAGUCUAAUGAAAUUCAUGUCCAGCCAAGAAUCGACUUUGCACAAUUGGACAACCUUGAUGACAUGGCAAGAGCAUAUCUCCUAGGAUUAUACGAUGACGAUGUAGAAGAUCCUGGCACAGUAUUGCAAGACACUUCUGACUUUGAGGCUUAUAACAAGAUGGUAGAAACUUUGAAGCCUGAAUUAAAUCAGUUCUUGAAGGAGAAUGCAAGCUAUGAAUAUGACAUUGAACUGCCACAAAGUGCAGAAUCAUCACAGAAUAACGAGAGCACUAUUAUUAACGAAAUUAAAGAAAGGGAUCCAACGGGCGCUGGAGAACAGCCAGUACAAGACGUUGAGGAUCAAAUCAUAUACGCAGAAGUUGAGCGAGAAUAUAUGGAACAUCGUCGUCGAAAUAUUGAAAGAUUCGCGGUCGCAUCCACCUCAUCAUCCUCAAACACCGAGCACACCAUGGAACUUGAGUUAAAUGAAGAGUUAGGUAAAGAACCGAUUGAUGAAUUUGGUAACCCGGUCACGACCAGCCGCUUCAAAGCACAAACGCUUGCUUUGAAGAAACAUCAUCUAUCUCAACAGCAUCCAUAA